UAUCAACGCAGAAGCAAGGACUAGUAUACUCUCAUCUCCAUUUUCUCAGCUGCCAAACACUCCCUGAUUUUCCCGAGAAAAUCCUCACUUUCCCGAGAAAAACCUCAAUCUCCUCCAUCACCACCAUGUCGUGGCAAGCAUACGUCGAUGACCACCUCCUCUGCGACAUCGAGGGUAAUCACCUCACUUCCGCUGCUAUCCUCGGCCAAGACGGCAGCGUUUGGGCUCAGAGCACCAAUUUCCCUCAGUUCAAGCCUGAGGAAAUUACUGGUAUCAUGAAUGAUUUUGCUGAGCCUGGAACGCUUGCUCCAACUGGGUUAUAUAUCGGUGGAACCAAGUAUAUGGUGAUCCAAGGUGAGCCUGGAGCUGUCAUCAGAGGGAAGAAGGGUCCUGGUGGUGUUACCGUUAAGAAGACCAAUCAGGCCUUGGUGAUCGGUAUUUAUGAUGAACCAAUGACCCCGGGCCAGUGCAACAUGGUAGUUGAAAGGCUUGGUGAUUAUCUGGUCGAACAGGGUCUCUAAAUCCUCUUCAUAUGUCUUGUUAUGAUCGUGCAUAUUUCAAUUGGCUUCUGUACAAGUUUUUGUGUCGACCUCGAAUGUGAAUGCUUGAUUGCAGUGUAAUAAUAUUAUUAUUGAGUAUCGAAAGUCAUGGGAUCUACUACUUAGGUGUGGCGAAGACGUGUUUGGUGCUUGAGAAAUGAUGACUAUAAUCUCUGUCGUUGUACUUUUUUUUAGUGGGGUACCUGUAUACAUUAAAGUGGGUUUAAAUUUUAAUGAUUUGGUAUAAUGGUCUGCCAUAUUUAUAAAAUCUUUGCUGAUUCUUCUUGUC